CCGCAAAGCUGACCUUAUGCAUACUAGGUGCAGUACCGAGAAUCUGUUUUACCUGCCUUGAAUGCAACUACUGUCCUAGUCAACUUGCAACGUGAAGGAAAGGAUUCCUUUACAUCUCGCUGCUUGAUAAGUAGCAGCGAUGUCACGCUUGAAAUCUCUAGCCUUGAAAUUAGGGCCAUUGGCGCGUAGUUUGCACCAGGCCGAGGGCAUGCAGUUGCGCUCAGCUGCCGCGCCAGUGUUGGUAUGGCGAGCAGGAGUGCAGCAGCAGAUGCGGAUGUUCGGCUCCACGCUCGAGGAGUCUCACAGGCAGGCGGUCAGCAACCACCUGCUGGUGGACACCUUGGAGCUGAGUAAGUCGUUCGAGAAGGCGGGGCUGCCGCGGGACACGGCUGAGAAGCUGGCCAAGGACAUCACCACGCUCAUCGUGCUGAACAAGGAGAAAAUGGAGGGCGCGUUCGUCAAGACUGUGGUGCUGGAGAAGAGCAUUUUGGAGCAGGAGUCCCAAAUCCAGUCAUUCAAGAGCGAGCUUCAGAAGACCCAGGACAUGCACCAGGCCACUGUGAACAAGGACAUGGAGCGGCAGCAGAACGUCCUGGACAAGAUGAAGGCCGAGAUACGGCACGAGCUCGACAAGCUGAGCGCCAGCCAGCGCCUGGACCUCAACCUGGAGAAGGGGCGCAUGCGUGACGACCUGCAGGGCAUCCGGGACAAGUACACGGACCUGCAGAUCCAGAUGGACCGGGACAUCAACGAGCUCAGGUCCAGUGUCGAGAAGGCCAAGAACGACACGAUCAAGUCGGUCAUCACCAUCCUCGGUACCUUCUCCGCCAUCGCCUUCACGAUAUCACGCUUCAUGCAGAUGGGCGCCGGCGGGUAGCAGCGGCAGCGGCGUUGCAGGCGAUGGUGGCAGAUCCAGCCCGCGGCGAGCGCACGGCGUCGCAGACAGCGGCCCCGUCGCUGACGGGGCCCUGGCUGGCAGUGAAUGGGCGUGUCAUGCAGUGACGAGCACAGUAGGCUGCCCCCGAGCUGGCGCUGGCGCUGGUGUGGGUCUGUGUGCCUGGGGCUGUAAGCCAACAAUUACCGAAACUACUGGAGUGCGCGGAACGACGAGCGAUGUAAGUGCUUCGGGCUGCAAAACGUGUGUGAGGUGUGAGCACUGACAGUGUUGGGAGGAAACGUGCGCGCAUGACGUUGCACGUACUUCAGGGUGCCUAGUCGGACAGCUGCACGCGGCCUGCAGUACGCGCAGGGCGAGUCUUGUCAUGUGGCUGGGGGCGGGCCGUGGGAGGGGGUCGGCCACAGUUGCCGGGCAACUCCUGCACGAUUAUGGUGCACGCGCCUGAAGAGUUCAAGAGGUGUAAACUUCGAUAUACUCAAUUGUGCCUGGGCUCCUACUGCCAACGUGAUAGUCCACUAGCCGCCUUCAAAAGCUCAUGGUGCUCCGCCACUGUCAAGCAACUUCAAUCAACUCAUUGAGUGCACGGCUGGUGCAUUUAUAUGGUCUUUGGGCAUGCGACACACCCCAUUGAUGCUGCGCAUUGUCUCGGGAAGGUCGCCCUGUCUCGUGGUGCCCUGGGCGCUGGGGCCAACAUACGCGUGCAAAACGCGCCUACGCUGUAUUCCCUCAUGUACGGUAUGAUACCUCCGCUGGACCCGCCCUGGUCGUGCUCCGAGGUUCCAACCGCAGUCACUUAUCCCCAAAGCUCUCGGCUCAUAGUUCAGCACCUUGCUUGAAGCCCCCAUCCUCAUCCGCACUUCAUUCGUUCUCAACAGCA